GUGACAGGCAAAAUGUCAAAAGAAGUAAAUACAAUGGAAGGAGGUUCUCGUUAUAAAGAUAAAGUUGCUAUAAUUACAGGAGGAUCUAAAGGUAUUGGAGAGGGAUGCGUUCGAGUUUUUGUCAGAAAUGGUGCUAAGGUUGUCUUCUGUGCAAGAGGAGAGAAGGAAGGUAAAGCGCUAGAAGAAGAAGUUAACAAGACAGGUCCAGGAGAGUCACUGUUUCUUAAAUGUGAUGUUUCCAAGGAGGAUGAGAUUAAGAAUGUUGUUGAUAUUACAGUGGAGAAGUUUGGUAGGAUUGACUGCCUCAUAAACAAUGCUGGAACACAUCCCAGCCACAAGCCAAUAGAUGAUUUUAGUGGUGAAGACUUUAGGAACCUUCUUAACAUCAAUGUCGUCAACUAUUUUCUCUUCUCCAAGUUUGCUUUACCAGAGCUCAGGAAGGUGAAGGGCAAUAUUAUAAUGGACUCCAGUCUGGUGGCACAGAUAGGUCAACUAGGAGCAGUUACUUAUGUGUCAACAAAGGGUGCAAUAACCUCCAUGUGCCGGGCAUUAGCAAUAGAUGAGGCCAAAUAUGAAGUUCGAGUUAACUCGUUCUCCCCUGGUAAUAUUUGGACCCCACUGUGGGCCGCAGGGGCAGCUUCCUCAAGCGAUGAGAAGGCAACUAUUGAAGGAGGGAAAAAUGCACAGUUAUUGGGGAGAUUUGGUACAAUAGAGGAGGCUGGUCAACUUUGCCUGUUCCUAGCAGCAGAGGCAACCUUCUGCACAGGCUUGGAUAUCCCACUAUCAGGGGGUGCUGAACUUAAUUAUGGGAACAAAAAUAGACUUGGCACAGGUGGUAAUAUAUAUGGUUGAUUAAACAGUUAUGCAGUGGAUUAUCAUGGAUAAGCUUGGAGUAACUCCAGUCCCAUAUCUGAGGGAGGUUAGACUUAAAAUUACCAAAUUCUGAAGGGGUCCUGCAUCUACAUACAUGGUUACAUACAUAUUUGCAUAUGGACAUGUACAGCAUAUUAUUUUAAAAUUUCAGGGAAUGAGACUGUACAGUAUAACAAUUAAUGAAGAUAUUUGGACUCAGUGCAUUGUGUGCUGAACCAUUCCACGAAUAUCUAUUUAAGAGAGGAUGGAGAUUCGAUGAUCUAUUGUAUAAUGUAUUUUGGUAUAAUAUAUGACCUUAGAUUUUAUUCUGUUCAUGGUUAAAAAUGUAAAAGCAAUUGAGGUGUUAUAUUUGCCAUAAAUCAUAGAAUCUAGCGAGGUGUUUGUGCCAAUUCUAACAUGAUAACAGUAUGCCAUAGCAAGAUACAUUAUAUUCAUUUGUCUAUAAUGAAUGUUAAUAGUCAUGUAUACACCAUUAUAGACCAGUAAAUCAAUUGUUC